AUGGCGUACAACCAGACGGCCGCCCCGGACAUUGAUAUCAUCGACCACCAGCUAUCAUACGACAGCCACAACACCUACGACGUCAUCUUCUUCGGCGAUUCCAUCUACACCACCGUCACCCACGACCCCGUUGUCGUCUCCAACUGGAUCUCCGAGGUCGAGUCCGUCCACCACCGCCGCCUCCACCACCUCGUCGUCGGACUCGACGUCGAGUGGCGCCCAUCGUUCAACCGCAACCACAGCAACCCCGCGGCUACCCUCCAGCUCUGCGUCGGCCGCCGCUGCCUCAUCUACCAGCUCAUCCACUCCCCCUACAUCCCCAACUCGCUCAUCGACUUCCUCGCGAACCCUAGCUACACGUUCGUCGGGAUCGGCGUGGAUCAGGACAUGGAGAAGAUCGAGGAGGAUUACGAGUUCGAGUCCAACGCCAGCACGGUUGAUUUGAGGGUCCUGGCGGCGGAGAGUUACAGGAGGCCGGAGCUGAAAAGCGCGGGGCUGAGAACCCUCGCCGGCGUUGUGCUGGAGAGGGACGUGGAGAAGCCGAGGGCGGUUACGAUGAGCAGAUGGGACCAUCGGUGGCUGACGCCGGCUCAGGUUCAGUAUGCUUGCGUUGAUGCAUUUGUCUCCUUUGAAAUUGGUAGGAUUCUUGAUGCUUCUUCGUUUUAA